AUGAUUACAAAAAAGUUUCAUAAAAUAAGAAAAGGUUACUUGAAUUGUUAUCGUAAUAUAUCAAAUAAUGGUAAAAUAUCUUAUAAGGAUAAGAAUUUAAAUUUAUGUGUAUCUUUUAAUAAUAAUGCAAAUGUAAACCAUGAACGAUUUGACAAUAAAUUUUAUUUGUAUAACAUAAAUUCUACUAUUUUCAAAUUGUUUAAAUAUAUUCAUAUUUUUAGGAAAAAAUAUAAAAAAGAUACAGAUUUAAAUAAUAAAAUGAAGGAUAAGUAUAAAAUUGAACAGAUAUUUAUGUGCUAUAUUUCUAUUUAUAAAAACAUAAAUAGAAAUUUAUUUUUAAAAUUAACAUUAGAAAUUUUAAAAUUUUCUAUUUUAAAUAAAAAAAUAAUUAACGAUAACGAAUUUUAUGAAGAACUUUUAAAGGAAGUAAUUGGAUGCAGAAAAGAGAAGGAAUUAGAGAAAACUAUUUUUUAUGAAUACUUAAUAAAAAUUUUAUCAAUAUUAUUAAUGAAUUCUAAUUUUUUUAAUGAAAAUUUUCAUAGGAUUUUUUUUAUAGAAGCACUAGAAAUGAUGAAAAAAGAAGAAAAUAUAAAUUCAUUUAUGAAAAAUUUUACUUAUAUUCUUUCCUGUAUUUCAUUUUAUAAUAGAAUUUUAAAAAAAGAAUUAUAUGGUAAUACGUCUGUUCUUUUAAAUAUUCCAUCUAAUAAUCAAAUUUUUUUAAACCAAUUAAAAAAAAACACUCUAGUUAAUUCUUUAUCUAUAAUAUUAGAUAUUUUUGAUAGAAUUCAAAAUUAUAACUAUUUUAAUGAAGUUGACAUAUGUAAUAUUUUUGAUUUUUUAAAUGAAUUUAAAAAGACACAUAAUAUAAAAACAAUUAUAUAUAAAAAUAUUCACAAAUAUUUUACUACUUUAAGUCAAAUGAAGAAUUUAUGUUUAUUCUUAUAUUUAAUUUCAACUUGUACUAAUGCAAUUCACCAAAAUAUAUAUAUAUAUAUAUAUAAUAUUAUAUUUUUAAAAAGAAAAGAAUUAACUGAUCUUAAGAAUAUAAAUCUUUUUUUGUUAAGCAUAAUAAAAUAUAAAAAUGAAAAAAGUAAUUUAGAUAUAAAUAAAAUAAAAAGAAAUAAUUUGAUAAAAAAAAGAAAUUUAAAAAAAAUUAAAAAUAUAAAUAAAAAAUUUGAAUUAUGUUUAAAAUUAAAACAUGGAUAUAUUAAAAAGAGAAAAAGGAACGAUGAAAAAGUUAUCUAUUUUUUUAUUAAGCAUCAGUUCAUUCAAUUAAUUAAAAAGAAAAAAAUGAGUGCUAAACAUGUAAAAACAUUUUAUCAAUAUUUUUUGUUUUAUCAUAUAAAAAAAAAUUUCACAAGAAAAAAAAAUUAUGUGUCACCCAUAAAUAUAAUUAAUAAUUAUAGAUAA